UUAUGUUCCUCAGGUCAGUUUGGCCAACUCCCACCAUCCAACAACUACUUCCCACCAUUUUUUUUUUAUUCAAACCAUCUUCUUCCACAUUUUUUUUUCAUUUUCCAUUUUCUUUUUGAAUUUCCAUUGCUUGUAAGACCAGAAUUUGUGAGUUGCUGUUUAUUGUUGAAGUUUGGAAGGAGUUUCUGGGUGAUAAAACACAAUUUCGAUUGUUUUCGUGUUUCGUUUGAUGUGUCCAUUCUCAACCACUUGUAUGAUUAUUAUUAUUAUUAUUUGGAGUAACUUCAUUUUAUGCUGUCUGUCCUGACACAGUUGCAGCUUCUGUUCACCAACUUUCCAACCCACUUCCCAACAAUACAUAUUAUUUAGUACCCAUCUUCUCUUUAUUAACUACCAGUGCAAUGUUCCUUCGUAUAUCAACUGGAACUGGAACUGGAACUGGAAAGUUGAGCUUGCAUUUGCUAUAGUUAAUCACCAAGCAUUACUAGUAUGUUGGCUUUCUUAGUUUCAUUUCUGCCCUUCUUGUUCCUCCUCUCCAGCCCUCUGCCUCUGAAGCCUUUGCCUUCAUGGGUGAAUGAGCUCAGGUUGGUGUUCUUCCUGUUUUGGCAAGAACUCAUAUACUACUCCUUCCAAGGGUUGAGGAAUUAUGCUGAGGAUAUGCCCAGCAACCUUAUCAAUAUGUUUGCAGUGCGACCUUCCACUGCUAGAAUUACUGCCCAUGUGGAGGAAAUGCAAGAGAGGACAAUAUUGGAUUUGCCUGAACUGGCUUUGGACUGCAUCUUGGAGAAACUGUCACCUGUUGGGCUGUGUAACAUGGCUGGUGUCUGCCAUGCUCUCAGGGAUAGGUGUGCAAGUGACCAUCUCUGGAAGAGACACAUGAGGGAAAAGUGGGACAGAGUGUUUGCCUUUACAGCAAAUAAAGAUUUAAGCUUGAAUUUACCUUCAAGGAGAGUGGAAGCUAGUGAUAAAGAGAAGAGUCUUGCUCAACCAGAGGGUUACAUUGGAUCCCUGUCUCAUCUCUGGCCUCUAUCCUGGUUCAAACCAAGGACUGAUGAUGGUGGUAACAACAAGUCUCCUUCUUCUUCUUCUUCUUCUUCUUCUUCUUAUACUGCUCUGCCCGUUGAUUCAAUCAUGUCCUGCUAUUUGGCUCUUCAAAGUGGCAGGAUUUGGUUCCCUGCACAGGUUUACAACCGUGAGAAUGGCAGUGUGGGGUUUUUGCUGUCAUGUUAUGAUGCAGAACUCAGUUAUGACUCGAGGACAGAUUCGUUCUAUGCAAGCUUCUUGCUGCUCAGGUAUCCACCUCAUGGAAUAAGGACAACAAAUAUAGAGGAUGGAGUGAAAUGGGACAGAAUUAGAGUAUCACCAGUUGAUACUUCUGCGCAUGAUCUUCAUGUGUCCGAUUGUUUGAAUGACUUGCACCCUGGUGAUCAUAUUGAGAUUCAAUGGAGAAAAAGCAAAGAAUAUCCAUAUGGUUGGUGGUAUGGAGUUGUUGGCCAUUUGGCUUCAUGCAAUGGAAAUAAGCAUUUUUGCCACUGUCACGAUAAUGAAAGCAUCAUAUUAGAAUUCAACCAAUACACUCCCAGUUCAAGAUGGAGGCAGGUUGCCAUAGACAGAAAAGAUCAUCGGGAAUUUGGGAAUGAAACCAAUGGAUUCUAUGGAGGAAUUAGGAAACUACAUAGCAAGGACGAGAUCUCCGCAUGGAGGAGUAUGUGGCCCACCAAGACAUUAGAAUAGAUCUUGUCUCUAGUUCAUUGCUUGGUAUCAGCAUUCCUCUAUGUUGUCUGAGUUGCUAGUGCCAAGUAUCAAAAGUUUGAUCGGUUUGUGUUGACCCAACACGGUUUAAUGCACAAUUGUACAUAAUCCAUAGAUUAAUUUUGAUUGAUGUUUUGAGAUUGA